AUGGGCCAUUGGAGGGAUCUUUUCAGGACCGAUCGCGGCAGGGCUCAUCACCGCUUGCAAGUCGAGCGGCGCCGGCUCCUCCCUGCGUAUAUCGCCGAUCAUACACCGUCGUCCGAAGCGUCUAAGGAGAUCGCAAAGGUUGCUUUGAAACUAAAGUACCAAAUUGAACAGGUGGUCUCCUGUGAGGUGGAGGAAGGUCUCCUAACCGACCCAAACAGUCACAUCAUCACGGACGAUGUGGUGAAGACCUCCAAAAAUGCAGGCGGCGAGGAGUACGCCGCCAGUGUUGUGUACUGCUUGCUUGUGUGCUUGCGAUGGUUUCAAAUCCAGGCCUCCAAUGAGCUUUGGGAUGCCGAUCUUCACGAGGUUCGGGCUGUCGCUUGCGAGGUCAUCGCUAAACGCAUUAUUGAAUCGGAAUCAAACCAGGACUACCUAUUGAAGGAUAUCCUACUCAAACGCUACUCGAUCUUCACUGAAGGGGUGGAGACCGGACCCGCCAACGUUAUUGAACGCUCAGUGGAUCUUCACGCGCUCAGGAUCAUUAGCUCCGCUGGCUACCAAAAAUGCAUUCACUAUCUCUGGUGUGGCUGGAUCUGCCAGGAAGAAGGCAACCCGACAAACUUUGUCGAGUACCAAGGGAAAUCCAACACUAGCUACUGGUCCCACUUUCAUCCCGAUCGCAUGAGGACCCCUCUAUAUCAGAAUGUUUGUCAGAUAAUGUUCUCGCUGCUCUAUCUCGCGCUGUAUACGGCUGUCAUUAAUACAGUGAACCCAACUGGUGAUCUCGAUGUGGUCGAGGGUAUUCUUUAUGGGAUGACAUUGGCGUUCAUCUGCGACGAAGUCGUCAAAUUCUGGAAGGUCGGAUGGAAUUACCUCGAAUUUUGGAACGCCUUCAACUCGACUCUUUACACACUUCUUGCGGUAUCCUUCAUCCUGCGUGUUGUCGCAUUAGCACAUUCGCCUUCUGAACACGAUGAGCAAAGGCAACUUUUUAACAGACUGAGUUACAACUUCUUAGCCUUCUCCGGGCCCAUGUUUUGGAUGCGGAUGAUGCUCUAUCUGGACACAUUCCGUUUCUUUGGGGCAAUGUUUGUGGUUCUGCGGGUCAUGAUGAAAGAGAGUCUGAUCUUUUUCGCUCUCCUUUUCGUCGUGCUGGCCGGUUUCUUCCAGGCUUUCAUUGGAAUGGCUCAAGUGGACUCCGAUAUUCCUGUCUCCUUCACCAGACCCAUCAUUCAAGGCAUGGCGAAUAGUAUCAUGCAGAGUCCCGAGUUUGAUACCUUCCAGGACUUUGCAUUCCCAUUCGGCAUUAUCCUUUACUAUAUCUUCAACUUCAUCAUCAUGAUCGUGCUCUUGAACAUUCUCAUUGCCCUCUAUAACAGUGCAUAUGAAGAUAUUUCUAGCAACGCUACAGAUGAGUACAUGGCUAUCUUCGCGCAAAAAACCAUGCAAUUCGUUCGUGCUCCAGAUGAGAACGUCUUCAUUCCGCCCUUCAACUUGAUCGAAAUUCUAUGCCUUGUUCUACCCUUCGAAUGGUGGAUGUCGAAAGAGGGCUAUGCCAAGCUGAACGAUGUCGUGAUGGGCAUAAUCUAUUCACCCCUACUCGUUCUGACUGCUUGGGUAGAAGCCCACCAAGCAAACCAGAUCCGUUGGAACCGUCGCCAUGGCGAAGAGGACGAAGAUAAUCGACAGGAGUGGGAGUUUGUUGCCGAGGAUGUCGACUUUGAUCUUGACGAUUUCUGGAAGGAGGAAGUGAAGCAAUCCACGUCUGACAUCAAAGCGAACAGCACCACCGUUGAGAUCAGAGAGCUUAAGGAGCAGGUCGCCGCACUAACAGAGCUGGUGAAGAGCCUUAGCCAAGGCAAGGACGGAGCUGCGGCGAAACUCGCCGAUGACCCCCAGAUUGAACAUGCGUCCCUGCAUAAUCCCCUCCCUCUGCAAUUGCAUACCUACGUCUGGCCUUUCUUGAUUAUCUGGCCCGCCUUCUUCGCUUUUUAUCUCUCCCCUGAGCGCUAUGACACCUACAUCCAGGGCCAGGAAUGGACCUUCGUCUUUGCGGGGUCUAUCAUCACCGUCCAGUCGCUGCUUUGGCUGAUGACAAAAUGGAAUAUCAACAUCGGCACUCUGUUUACCACCACUAGGGCCAACUCCAUUGAUUCCGCCCGCCUGAUCAAAGUCAUCCCCGUCACUAACGCCGGUUCCGCCGAGGUUUGCACUCUGAUUCACGAUAACUCCGGUGGCAAGAAGACCCUGUCGUUCCUUUUCCAGAAGCGCCGAUUUCUGUACUACCCCGAAACUCGUUCCUUCGCUCCGCUGUCCUAUGUCCUCGACUCCGAGCCAAAGCCCGCUCUCCAGUACUUCCAGCACAGCAAGGGUCUUACAACCAAGGCCGAGGUUGAUCGCGUGCACUACCACUACGGUGACAACACUUUCGAUAUUCCCGUUCCCGGAUUCGUCGAGCUCUUCCAGGAGCAUGCGGUCGCCCCAUUCUUCGUGUUCCAGAUAUUCUGUGUGGGACUUUGGAUGCUGGAUGAAUAUUGGUACUACUCUCUGUUCACUCUGUUCAUGCUCGUCGCUUUUGAAAGCACCGUCGUGUGGCAGCGCCAACGUACUCUUACUGAAUUCCGUGGAAUGAGCAUCAAGCCUUACGACGUCUGGGUGUAUCGGGAGAACAAGUGGAGUGAAAUCACUAGUGAUCAGCUUCUUCCUGGCGAUUUGAUGUCGGUAAACCGCACCAAGGAGGAUGGUGGCGUUGCUUGUGAUAUUCUUCUGAUUGAGGGAAGUGUCAUUGUCAACGAGGCCAUGCUUUCUGGUGAAAGUACCCCGCUCCUGAAGGACUCGGUUCAGCUCCGACCCGGUGAGGACCUGAUUGAUCCGGAGGGCAUGGACAAGAACUCGUUUGUGCAUGGUGGAACCAAGGUCCUCCAAGUCACCCACCCCAACACUAACGGAGAGGAGACCAUGAAGAACAUUGCCAAUGGCGUUACAAUGCCCCCCGAUAACGGCGCCUUGGGCGUGGUUGUCAAGACUGGCUUCGAGACCAGCCAGGGUAGCCUUGUCCGUACCAUGAUUUACUCCACUGAGCGUGUUUCCGCCAACAAUGUUGAAGCUUUGCUCUUCAUUCUGUUCCUCCUGAUCUUCGCAAUUGCCGCUUCUUGGUAUGUCUGGCAAGAGGGUGUCGCUAAGGAUCGCAAGCGAUCCAAGCUCCUCCUGGACUGUGUGCUUAUCGUUACGAGCGUUGUUCCCCCGGAGCUUCCCAUGGAGCUAAGCUUGGCUGUCAACACCAGUCUUGCUGCCCUGAGCAAGUUUGCGAUUUUCUGCACCGAGCCUUUCCGUAUUCCCUUCGCUGGACGUGUCGAUAUCGCUUGCUUCGAUAAGACCGGUACUUUGACUGGAGAAGAUCUUGUCGUUGACGGUAUCGCUGGAAUUACUCUUGGUCAGGUCUCUGCCAAGGUCGAGGCCGAUGGUGCCCACACAGAGCUAUUCCAGCCUACCGCCGUUGGUUCUGAUACCACUCUUGUUCUUGCUAGUGCCCACGCCUUGGUUAAAUUGGACGAAGGCGAGGUUGUCGGUGACCCCAUGGAGAAGGCCACUCUUUCUUGGCUCGGAUGGACCUUGGGUAGAAAUGACACCCUCACAUCCAAGGGCUCCGCCCCCGUUGUGGCAUCUCGCCCGGUCGAGUCCGUCCAAGUAAAGAGAAGAUUCCAGUUUUCUUCUGCCCUGAAGCGCCAAAGUACCAUUGCUACCGUCACCACCACCGACAAGAAGACUUCGAAGAAGGCCAAGGCCACCUUUGUUGGUGUUAAGGGUGCCCCCGAGACCAUUAGAAGAAUGCUGAUCAACCCACCUCCUAACUACGAGGAAACUUUCAAGCACUUCACUCGCAAUGGUGCCCGUGUUCUUGCUCUCGCCUACAAAUACCUCUCUACCGAAGCUGAGAUCUCUCAGAAUCGCGUCAACAACUAUACUCGUGAAGAAAUCGAAUCCGAACUGAUUUUCGCUGGUUUCCUGGUCCUCCAAUGUCCUCUCAAGGAUGAUGCCAUCAAGUCCGUUCGCAUGUUGAAUGAGAGCAGCCACCGUGUCGUUAUGAUUACUGGUGACAACCCAUUGACUGCUGUUCACGUCGCCCGCAAAGUUGAGAUUGUCGACCGAGAGGUCCUUAUCCUCGAUGCCCCUGAAAAUGAUACCUCUGGAACCCGACUGGUUUGGCGUACAAUUGACGACAAGCUGAAUACCGAUGUUGAUCCCACCAAGCCCCUGGAUCCCGAGAUUAUCAGGACUAAGGAUAUCUGUAUUACCGGUUAUGCUCUGGCUAAAUUCAAGGGCCAGAAGGCCCUGCCCGAUCUUCUCCGUCACACCUGGGUCUACGCCCGUGUGUCUCCCAAGCAAAAGGAGGAUAUUUUGCUCGGUCUUAAGGAUGCUGGCUACACCACUCUGAUGUGUGGUGAUGGUACUAACGAUGUCGGUGCUCUCAAGCAGGCCCACGUUGGUGUUGCCCUUCUCAAUGGAUCCCAAGAAGACCUCACCAAGAUCGCCGAACACUACCGAACAACCAAAAUGAAGGAGCUUUAUGAGAAGCAGGUUGGCAUGAUGCAGCGCUUCAACCAGCCCGCUCCUCCUGUCCCGGCCCAGAUUGCUCACAUCUACCCACCUGGCCCUAGCAACCCGCACUACCAGAAGGCUAUUGAGAGAGAAGCUCAGCGCAAGGGUACCGCAGCGAUUGCUGCUGGUGGCAAGGGUGAAGAGAUCCCGACCAUCACCUCGCCUGGUGCUCAAGCCUUGCAAUCGAAUUUGACUCCUCAGCAGCAGAGACAGCAGCAGGCCCAGCAGGCUGCUGCCGGCCUUGCUGACAAGCUCACUUCGUCGAUGUUGGAACAGGAGUUGGAUGACAGCGAGCCCCCGACCAUUAAGCUGGGAGAUGCUUCCGUUGCCGCCCCCUUCACCAGUAAAUUGGCCAAUGUCAUUGCUAUCCCGAACAUUCUCCGCCAAGGUCGUUGCACUCUGGUUGCCACGAUUCAAAUGUACAAGAUUCUUGCGUUGAACUGCUUGAUUAGCGCCUACAGUCUGAGUGUCAUCUAUCUCGACGGAAUCAAGUUCGGCGAUGGCCAGGUUACCAUCAGUGGUAUGCUGAUGAGUGUUUGCUUCCUGUCAAUCUCCCGCGCCAAGUCUGUCGAAGGUCUUUCUAAGGAGCGCCCGCAGCCAAACAUCUUCAAUGUUUACAUCAUUGGAUCCGUUCUUGGCCAAUUUGCUAUUCACAUUGUGACUCUGAUCUACCUGUCGCGUUAUGUCUAUAAGAUCGAACCGAGAGACGACAACGUCGAUCUCGAGGGUGAAUUUGAGCCUUCUCUUCUCAACAGCGCCAUCUACCUCCUCCAACUGAUCCAGCAAAUCUCCACUUUCUCGAUUAACUACCAGGGCCGUCCCUUCCGCGAGUCUAUCCGGGAGAACAAGGCCAUGUACUGGGGCCUUGUUGCCGCAUCGGGUGUCGCAUUCUCCUGCGCGACCGAGUUCGUACCUGAGAUCAACGAGAAGUUGCGCCUGGUGCCAUUCAGCAACGAGUUCAAGAUUACCCUGACCGUGCUGAUGAUCUUCGACUACGGUGGCUGCUGGAUCAUUGAGAAUGUGCUCAAGCAGUUGUUCAGUGACUUCCGCCCCAAGGAUAUUGCCGUCCGCCGUCCUGAUCAGCUGCAGCGCGAGGCUGAGCGCAAGGCCCAGGAAGAGGCCGAAGCGGCACAGCAGAAAGAGCAACAGAGGACGAUCUAG